AUGAAUAUCAGAAUUCUGACUUUCUAUCUUCUGAUUCAUUUUUCACAAUGUACAAAUACUGAUAAUAAACCUCCAGUUAUUAUUGAACAGCCACAAGAUAUUCUUGUCGAAUUGGAUAAACCCAUGGCUUUACACUGUCGAGCAGAAGCAUCAUCGUUGGAUGAUCUUCGUGUGAAUUGGUACAAAGAUGGUCGAUUGGUAACAAUGGAUCCCAAUGCACGAAUCAUCACUGAAUUUAUGGCAUUACAUGUUAUUAAUACAAUGCCACAAGACGCUGGCGCAUAUUAUUGUUUUGCUGAAAACGCCUUUGGACGAACUCAGAGUCGCACAGCCCGAGUCAAUUUCAUUAAACUUGAUAAAGACUUUAUCGUCUCUCCUGCGUCAACGACUGCAGCGAUCGGUGAACGUAUUCGUCUUCGCUGUGAACCACCACAUGGCUCGCCCAGUCCACUGGUUCACUGGACGAAAGACGGAAAGAAUCUUUCCCUUGCACUCGAUCAUUACGAUCUAAUACUUCCAUCGAUUCAAUCGACUGAUUUCGGCUCCUAUCGUUGUGUAGCAUCAAAUGGCUUGAUACGUCAAUCAUCUGCAGCUCAUCUAACUGAAUUCUAUCGACCGAAAAUUUACAUACGUCCAUCAACAUCACGUUUGGAUAUUCAGCGUGGCAAAUCGAUCGAUCUCCAAUGUCAAGUUGAAAGUUUGAAUGACGACGAUCAAUAUCAAAUCGAAUGGCACUACGGCCGAAAAACGGGUCCGAUCGUUGGAAGAAACAAUCGCAUUGACAUACCAGCAGUCGAUUACAAUCACAGCGGAUUAUACAUUUGUCUGGUUAUCUACAAUAGUGGUCGGCGGCGACAUUUAUUUUCUGAAGAGAUCUUUCUCGCCGUUCAUGAACGUUUGACCGUGAACAAUGAAGAAAAACUGUUCAGCCAAGCGACAAUGAAUGUCUAUGCUGGCCGAUCAGCAGUGAUUGAAUGUCAAUUACCAAUGAAUAUCAAUGAAAAAAUUUCAUGGCACAUCAUCAACCGUACUGAUAUCGUCAUGGAAAACAAUCAUCGAUUCGAGUUUUUUGAUCAAAAUCAUUAUCGAGUGAAAAUUCGCCGUAUCGAAGAGUUCGAUAACGAUCUUCUCUUUGAAUGUUCUUAUAAAAAUCAACGACAAUUAAGUCAAAGCCUUCUCAGACUACAUGUUCAACGUCUUGAACCACCACCGAUUCUUUUCUACGUGCCCAACAAUCAAACGGUACCGAAUGGUGUUGAAGUGACAUUUCCAUGUCAAACCAAGGACAAUCAAAAAGCUCAAUGGUGGUUUAUACCAACCGGCCGGUCACAUAAAUCAAUUAAAAUCGAAAAUACUGAAAAGUAUAAAAUCGAAUCAAACUCCGAUUUAAUUAUUCGACUGGCUGAGAAGAAUGAUAUUGGUACGUACAAAUGCAUUGUAGUUAAUCUCAAUAAUGAUGAGACUAGUUGGAGUGCGUAUUUGAAUGUGGAAGAUCCACGUUCGAAUACGAUCUUUCAACGUGUUGAGCGAAAAGAUCUACCCCAAUCACCAACGCAGCCAUUGGCAAUUGCGAUUAAUAGUAAUUCGAUUGAAUUAGCAUGGAAUUAUCCAUCGAAUGAUGUUCAAGGUUAUUUAAUUGAAUAUUUCAAUUUGAACAAUGAUGAGAAAACGCUCGAGUGGAAACGGAUCUAUACAACGAAUAAGAACUCUCGUCAAGUAAUACAUAAUUUAAAAAUGGAUUCGGCAUAUCAAUUUCUGAUACGUGCACGAAAUUCAUUCGGUUAUGGACAGCCAUCAUUACUGUCGGAAUUGAUUGAAACUCGUCAUGAACAACAAUUAAACGACGACUUCAUUCGUUUACUCGAUCCGAUUAAUAUUCAAGAGACUAGUGUGACAAUACAAUGGAAUAUUCUUCAAUCAAAUUAUCUUGUUGACCGAUAUUCAAUUUCCGUUCGAACUGAGAAAGAUAUCAGCGAACGUAUCGAAACACUUGUUAAUAAAUAUAAUGUAACAACAUAUACAAUUACUAAUCUGCGUCCAAAUACAGAUUAUACAAUUCGUGUACUUGGAAUAAAUAGUGUAACAAAUACAAUUAGCCGGCCAAGUAAUACGAUGAUUGUGCGAACAUUAGAGAGUAUCCCAUCAUCAUCGCCUAUCGACGUACAAGUCGAGUUAACAUCGAGAACGAGUCUUUCGAUUCGAUGGAAUCCACCGAAAGACACCGAACAAAAUGGUCGAAUCAUGGCUUAUAAAGUGAAUUGUUUAGGUGCAAAUGAAUCAAGUUCCAUACGUCUAUUGAACAUCAGUGCCGAUGCAAAAGGUCUACAUAUAAAAAGUCUCAUUGAAGAUAUGCAAUACUGUAUCAGUGUGGCUGCACGUACAGCUCUUGGUUAUGGGCCUUAUUCGCAACCAAUAUGUGUUACGAUGAAUGAAGAUUAUCUCAAACUCAAUCGUAAUUUGAAUCGAUACAAUUUGAAACGUCGCUUUCGUGAAGCAAUAUCUCAACCAUGGUUUCUACCAAUCCUUAUUAUAUCUAGUGUUCUGUUUACUUGUGCUCUGUUGUAUACCCUUUGGUUGUGUUUUCAUUAUAUACUACGUCAACGUCGUCAUGGAUUAAAGUUUGGUGGUUCAAAUUCAUCUUCGUCCUCGUCGUCAUCAUCGAAUCAAUUUGUUGAAAUGCCUAUACAUAAAACAUUGAGUAAUGGUACACGUUACGAUUUAAUUAAAGACACGCCACCUCCACAAUCAUCAGUUGCAGCACUAUGGGCUGACACACUGGGCAGUGGAAUACGUCUUCAAUGCUGUACAACAACUACAGCAUCCGCCAGUAGUCAAAAUGAUCAUGAACCUCACUUAAUGAAUAUACAUAAAAAUCCGAUCAAUUCACUCUUACAACAAUCGAAACAGCAGCAGCAGCAGCAGCAACAACAACAACAACAACAGUUAAAUCCAUAUGCAACGACAGGCAUAUUUCAACACAAUCAUUCAUCACCGCAAACAGUAUCUACGUUAUUACCAACUUAUUCCGAAUCAGUACGUUCACCAGCAUUACCAUCUCAUCAUACAGUAUUAGAUCAAGAACCAAUAGCACAAGUGCAUUACCAACCACCAUGGCUUGAUCAUCCGCCAUCGUCAUUUCAAUAUCGCUCUCAGCCACAUACUCCAUAUCAUCAUCAUCAUUAUUGUGUUCACUGCACGUCACAAUCACAUCCUCAUACGCCAUCAUCAAUACGCACAUCAACACGACACAAACAUCCUAAUCAACAGCAACUACGAACGAACAGUGAAGUUCGUUGGCCGAUGGAAACAACGAUGAACAGUUCGCCACUAGUAAAACGUCAAUCACAAUAUGCCCCACCACCUCUUAUUCCACCUCCGCCUCAACCAUCGAAUCCAAUGAUGAUCAAUUCCUUGGGUGGAGAAACAAUGACCACUUCUUGGGCUAGUUCGACAGAUGCUAGCAAUCGUGACAGUGUUUCUUCCUCGUCCACGAAUCAAAAUGAACAAAGAAAAAUUCUCAAUGAACAUAGCCGUUCCAGUAGUGAAGGUUCAUUAUUUUCGGAUUCCGAACAACAGCCGAAUCCAUCACCAUCCAAUCAGUCAUCGUUGAUUGAUCAAGAGCGACGACCUACUUUUCUAAUGCCAACUGUAUAA